UGGUAGGGAGAACACGUCAAUGCAAGGGUGGGGUCAUCUAAGAAAGCACAAGGGUUACAGAAAUCGCCACUGACAGUCUGGUUUGUUCUGAGGGUCUGUGAGCUGGAAUCCAUCUGUCUCUCAUCAGCCUCAGAAAAACUGGAUCCUCUGGUAUGUUCUGGAUCCGGUUCAAAAACAACAUUUUAUACCAGGAAUUACGGGAGAAAAACCCUUUCAGAUAAAAAUCUACUUUCCACAAAACAGCUCAGGACAUUUCUAGAAAAUGUUGAACAAAGAGUCUGUAUGAACAUUCAAAAUAAUGAUUAAAGUAUUUAAAUGGGAUCACUGACACUAUUGGGAUGUGACUACAGGCCCCUCAGCAAGGCUUAGGUGGAUGCCUUACAUCUCAUCAGUUUUGCUCUGACGUGCUGCACACACAUCACUAUAGUAAUAUUUCUAAGUUUUCGAAAAACAUUUCAGCGGCGAGGCUUUUAUUUUGAAGGUGUGUCUUUACCGUAAAGCCGGCCGUUAACAGGAUCCGUGCGUGACAUAAGCAGUGCGGGCGCGGCCACAGUGUCAGAGGACUGAGAGCUCCGGAACCGUCAGGAACCAUGAAGCAGAAUAGCUGGGCCCGGAUCGCCGUCAUCCUGCUGUGCGCGCUCCUGUUCGUGGGGGUUCUGGUCGUGAACGCGCUGGCUGGAGCGGGCAGAGGUCCAUUCCACUACAGUACAGGAAAUGUUUCUGCUCGAUACGAGACGGACAUCACUCCAGCUGGAUGGACCUUCUCCAUCUGGGGGGUCAUCUAUACGUGGUUGACUCUGAUGGUCAUUUAUGUCACGUCAUUAGCUUUCAGAGGGACCUGGGCUCAGUAUCUGCUGCCCUUUGGCUUUCACUUCUCCUGGCUGUUCAACAUGCUCCUGAACGUCACGUGGCUUCUCCUGUGGGACAGGGAGUUAAUGCUAGUUGCCAUGGUUGUGUUGCUGCUGAUGGUCAUCACCAACUUCAGCGCCUUGUUCUUCUGCUGCUCUGCCACAGACUAUUAUGGUUUGUGGCUGAAGAGAUACCACGGAAAAGACCUGGCCUCUCUCAUCCUGCUGGUCCAGAAUGGCUUGGCCGUCUACACAACAUGGACUUCUGUUGCUUCUCUCAUAAACUUUUCUCUGGUUCUUCACCUGUGGAAUGUGAACAAGAGCACAGCAGCAACCGCAUCUCUGUGCAUCCUGUUUGCUGAGGUGGCGGGCUGGUUUAUCCUGGAGAACUGGGUUCUGGACCGCUGGGUUCGUAACAUCAUCACAGUGUAUCCAGUGGUGAUCGUGGCUCUCGUUGGGAAUGUCUAUAAACACUUCAGCGUGGCGGAUCCCACUCCGAAUUCUGUGUUCAUGGUGGUUCUGCUGGUUCUGGCCUGCAUCCUCUUCAUCUCUCGGAUUUUCACGGUCAUCUGGAGGAACAAGUGGCGCCCGCUGUACUCGCCAGGUUCUGCUCGGCUGAUGGUGUCCCCGCUCGACGGCAGUCGGGACAAGGCCCUUUCCUGAGGGGACGACCUGCUACGUCAUCGCAGGACUUCCGUCCCGACCGGAAGGUGGAACCCCUUAUGAAAUGAGACUCUGUUUGGGUGGAGAGAAGAAACCAGAGGAGGAGCUCUGACGGUCCUUUAAUCACAGCCUCCAGCUUUCUGCGCUCUUAAUCUGCAGCAUUUAUGGCUUCCUCAUGUAAAACAACCUAUUAACCUAUUCAGCCUUAUGUAUGAUUUUUAUUCUUUUGUACUUAAACACCACAACAGUCUAGAAUGAAAUGUCAAAAAAAAACAUUUCGUCUCUUUCAUUCGAUGCUGCUGAAGGAAACAAACGUUACACUCUUUCUGUUCAAUAAAUGUUGCUUGUCUUUUA